CCCCCGGGCCAUCCUCAUCUCCAUGCCCAUCGUCACCCUCAUCUACUUCCUCACCAACAUGGCCUACUUCGUUGUUCUCGAACCUGACGAGGUGCUGGCGUCCGAAGCUGUUGCUCUGUCCUUUGCUGGCCGAGCCCUUGGAGUGCUGAACUGGGUCAUGCCCAUCUUCGUCGCUCUCUCUACCUUCGGAAGUCUCAACGGCUGCAUCUUCGCCUGCUCUCGCCUCUUCUUCGUGGGCGCUCGGGAGGGGCACCUUCCUCAGGCUCUAGCACUCAUCAAUGUACAUACCAUCACACCCGUCCCAGCCCUCGUGUUCUUGGGCUUUAUGACACUGUGUAUGCUCGUGACUUCCGACACGUUGGUGCUGAUCAAUUAUGUGUCCUUCUCCGAGUCUCUGUUCGUCUUCCUGUCCAUCUCAGCCCUACUUUGGCUGCGCUACAAGGACCCGCAUCGCCAUAGGCCUAUAAAGGUAAGUUCUUGA